AUGGUGACCGACGCCACGGCGAUGGCCGUCGUGAGGGCGGCGCGCCCGGCCCUCCGCGGCGCCCACGACGGCGUCGCAUUCGCCGCCCACGCUGCCUUCCUCGCCGCUGGGUACUCGCUCUGCGCCGUCGGCCCUGCCGCGCUAGCCGACCCCUCGCCCUCAGGUGAUGAGGAGGUGGGGAUUGAUGGUUGGAACAGCAUGGAGAACUGUUAUGCCUUUUUGUAUAGCAAGGAGGAGAAGGGCAAGAAGAAAAGGGUAUUAGUCAAAUGUCUUGUGAUCGGUGAAGUACUUGCAAUUGAUGUCUUGGAUCUUGAGGCACAAGAUAAGGGCCCAUAUAAUAUCCAGAUUAAUGUGAAAGAUUUCUUUGUCGAAGAGCAGCCAAAGAAUUAUGGGGAUAUGUACAAGAAUUUUGCAAACCUCAUUGACAUUGUGAACUCAAAUGUGUUGUGGAAAUUGGAUGGAGACGAUGUUGGUACUGAGGCUGCUAAGAGCGCUGCUGCUGCCAAGAACUCUGAUGCUGAGAGAAGUUCAUCAAUGCAGAGCUCUGAAGAUCCAGGUCCUAGAACUGCUGACCCUUCCGGCCUAAUUUAUCCUCCAAUAGCACCACUUGGUUCUGAUGAUCUCUACCCUGGACCUGGUGCAGGCUUCUACCCUCACAGUGGUAUUGGGAGCGGUGGCAGCAUGCUCAUUGGUCCUAACGAUCCACGCUUCUUUCCUUCUAAUAAUCCCUUCAAUGCCCCAUUUGGUGGCCCUGGGAGUGUUCCACCAGGUGGUCGCUAUGAUCCAAUUGGCCCACCUGGUGUUCCAGGGUUUGAGCCAUCUAGUUUUGUUAGGCGUCCAAGGCGGCCUCCAGGCGGGAGCACCCACCCAGACCUCGAGUUCUUCCAGCAAGGCCCAGACUUCUGA